CAUGGCCAGCCACGCUAUCGAGCUGCCGACUACAAAGGCACAUGUCGAGCUGCUGCUCCUCAAUGGAGGCAGUAUGACCGCCGAAUACCACAAGCUCCACGCGGGGGAGCCAGCGACCGAAUUCCGCAUGUACAACUGGAGCUUCCUCAUCCGCCACAGAAAGCAACAUCGCGACGUCCUAUGGGAUCUGGGAAUGUCUUCAGAUCCCCACGAUUUCCCACCGGUCAUUGCAAACGGGCCAAUACGAGAGGCAGCCGUCCAAUCUCCCUGCGAGCCUCUGGAAGCGCAAAUAGCACGUCGCAGUGGCGUUGCUGCUGACCAACUUGACACGAUUAUUCUCAGCCACGCACACUUCGACCACUGCCGACCGGCACGAAAAACUUUCCCUGAGGCAACUGUCUUCUUCGGCCCCGGCACGGCAGAGUAUUGCUCACCAGGCCACCUCUCAGACCCAUCAUCUAUCUGGGAUGGGCGGUAUUUCGACCCAGAUCAGGCAACGGAGCGGUGGAAGACACUAGAAGGCCCAUGGGUCCCGUUCGGCCCAUUCGACCGCGCAAUGGACUUCUUUGGGGACGACUCCUUCUGGGUUAUCCAGGCACCGGGUCAUAUGCCGGGGAACCUCUGUGCAUGUGCGAGACUGGAGUCGGGGGAGUGGGUUCUACUGGGUUCUGAUUGCUGCCAUUCACGAGCGAUCCUCGAUGGCUUGAAAGAAUUCGGCACAUUUGAGAUGUCCGAUGGAAGUACAUUCUGUCUCCAUACAGACGUUGCCGCUGCUCGCGAUACACUGUCGCGUAUACGGGUGAUGGAGAAUGUACUUGGGGUGCAUGUUGCACUGGCUCACGAUGCUAUCUGGAUGGAACAAGGCAAGAAUGCAGUCUUGCUGUCGUUGCUGGAUGAUAAAUUUCAUGACGUUAUUCGGGAUUCGCUUAGGCGACAGGAACCGUUUUAGUAGAUUCAACCGCUAUCUACAAGAAUCUGUCCUCCAGCAUGACAGAAUGCAAGUAAUACUAGAUAGCGCCUCACUCCACGUUUAGGGAAGAGCGGUGCUGAACCUCGAGUAAAAAUCCACGGACUGCGUUUAAACAGUCUGCAGCCUUGUCCCCGUAUAUCUCGUG